CUUAGAUUUUGGACAGUAAAUAAUUAUAAUCUUUGCAGCUGUAUAAGCAUAAAUUAUCUAGCACAUAAUAUUAUAACAAUUUAUUUAAAAUGUCACGGAAAUGAGUAAGGUCCAAAGUCGUAAAGUCGAGUACAAAGGCGGCCAAAAUAUGCGAAAACACAACAUGAAUACGAGCAGAUGCGCAAUUCAUAUAACAAACGCGAACAAUUAACUCUGAAGUUACGUAGGUACUAACAAUAGAGUGGGAAUAAAUCAAUCGCUUCCUUAUAUGAACGCCACGCACAGACAAUUGACCCAAUACAGUAGUACACUCAGCGCAACACGGACACGAAACCACACAACGCCGACCAGUUUUUCUUUUGACACCAAAAUUAAUCUUUGUUGACAAAGUUAACUUACUAUUGCCUUUGUUCUAAUACCAGGAUAUUGUAGUGUAAAUCGUAAGGUGUUAAUAACGUGCGUCGACUUAUACCAAUCAGAGACGUACACAUUCCAACGAGAAUCUACAGUGUUCUACACAUAUUGCUCACUAAAACACGAGACGCUCACCCGACACAUUGCCACUCUUACGAAUAUCAGGCGUACCUCUUGGGAUAUUUACACAACUUGUGCUAUACCUACGUGCCAAUAAAAAUGAAAGCGAUAUAUUCUGUGUUUUUUUACAUUUCGUUAGCAAUUGCGUUAUGUUCACCCAAUGUUUCCACGUUGUGUGGAAACAAUGAACAGGUCGAAGAUUUGAAAACUGCGUUAGUAAUUCACGAAUCCGCUUACACAGUUAUGGCAGCACUGGGCGCAAUACCGAUAACCAGUGCGCCGUUAAUUGUAAUAGAAGUGAUAUCUGCCGGUCAUUUUGCUAUGCGUUUGAUUGAAACAUUUGAAGAAAUGGAAAAUUCGUUGAAUAAGGAUCAUAUACUCUACGGAAAUUGUUCAUCAAUUUUGAAAAAAACAGUAAAAGCCACCACAGGCAUCAAGUCAGCUGGUGUUGGGUUCUCUCUUAUGGCAUUGAUACCGGGUUUCGGUAUGGCACUUGCUCCUCCGAGGAUAGCUUCAUCGUUAUAUGAAAUGUUAAUUAUAAAUGAAAAUUUAGAUCUUUGGAAAAAGAACGAUUGCCAAUAUGCUACAACAAGAGAUUGUAAAUUAUAA